AUGGCUUUGUGGGCACCUGCUUGCCCUGGAGGUUCAGCUCUGGGUUCUGCAAGACCGUCCCGACAGCCCAGACUCUCCCCGCCAGAGCGCGCCCCCGCCAGACCUAGCACGGUUCACGCCCAGCCCCCCGCGAAGCAGCCGGCCAGUAGGGGUCCCCGGUGCCCCUGGGGCCGGCCCGGCAGAGCGGCGACGGCGAGGGUCGGGGUGGACACCGGGUCCUGGAGGCCGGAGCGGAUUACCUGCGCUGCGCCGCGCUCUCCCGCGAGGUCUGAAGCCCCUGGAGCGGGAACGCCGGGGUCACCGCCCACCGGGCCCGCCCCGAGGGGCCCCGCCGCCCGCCGCUCGCCACCCGCCGCCGCGCUCCCGCCGUCCGGGUCCGCUCGCCCCGCGGCCGCCGAGGCCGUUAGGGCCUCUCCCUCCCCGCCAGCAGCCGGCCCUCCGCGCCGCCACUGGUUGCCAUGGGGACGCGGCCGAAACAAGCUGCCGCCGCGGAGGGAUGAAAUUGUUUUGGAAAGGAUGAGGAGAGCAGGAAGUUCCUGAGUCUAAAGGAGUGGAAGAGUGUGACCAGAGUGCUGGUAUGAGAUGGCAAGAGAGCUCAACGCUGAAAGAGAAUUAGAGGACACAGCAAGGUCAGAAUAAGAUAAAAAAUAUAACCAUAAAUGGUCAAAAGAGAAUAUAGAAGACAUGUAUGUCUGAGGAAUGAGAAUGACCCAUGGAGGAGAAGCUAAUGGAUCAAUUAUAUACAAUAGACAAUAAUCAUAGCCAUAGAUUGAACCUGAAAAAUGGAAAAAACUGUAAUUAACAAAAUAGUUUUCAUGGCAAAACUUACAAUGGCAGCACAGAAAAUAAACACGCACUUUAGCGUAUGCAAGGUUGUAUAAAUUACCCUAAUGUCUGUCCUUUUAACAAGGGAAAUAUUUAUUUUUUUAUCUUCUUCAAAAGAAGGUUCGGUGCACCUGGAUGACUCAGUCAGUUGAGCAUCCAACUUCACUCUGGUCCUGAUAUUACAGUUCAUGAGUUUGAGCCCUGUGUUAGGCUCUAUGGUGACAGCUCAGAGCCUGGAGCCUGCUUCGGAUUCUGUAUCUCCCUCUCUCUCUGCCCCUGCCCCUGCUCACACUGUGUUUCUCUCUCUCUCUCUCUCAAAAAUAAAU